ACUGUCACUAAGUAUGUAAAUUGUACUGUUUCUUACAUUGCAGUUAUCUGCAUCUCGUACUAACAAAGCAUCCCUAACAAAUCCCCAGAAAAUCAAUUUGCGACAUGAAGACCAGAGCCACGCCCACGUGUGACAUCAGCACCCUUUUUAUUUUUGUUUUCAUUUUUAAAAAUACCGGAAGUGAAGGACCAGCCGAACAUCACUCGGAAAGUAAACCGCCAAACAAAGAAGACGCUGUGGGCAAUGUGAUUCCCCUCUUUUGAUUUGUGUUUCUUUUUUGACACUAUGGUGUUUGCAGAGCUGAGCGUCCGCCUCAAUGACAUCGGCUACAAAAACUGGUUAAAAGCGGGCUAUUGUCUCGUGAAGCUACGUGAUGGGCUCCAGGGAUUCGUAAAAAACGAGAUGAGGGAUUUUCACCAGACGCUCUCUCGAAAAAAUCCACAGCUUCGAAAAGGCAUACAGUGUCGACAGGGGUGCAAACCCCGCGGCAAUCAGUUUUAUGACCUCUGUGAACAGUGCAAGACAUGGAAGGAGGAGAUCCUCAAGCACCACACCAGCAGAGAUGCAUGUGUGCAUUGGGGAAACUGUAGGCCAUGGUUGUGGUCCACUGAAUACUGGGAGAUGGCCAAGGCAUACAUGCCCCGUGGGCAGUUGGAUAUACCUGGGCCAGAGAAGUGUGAUGCUGCUGCUUUGCUGAACCUCAUUAACUUCUGUGAUCGCUUUAACUUCAUCAAUCGGCAAAAAGUUAGAGAGGUAAUAAAAAGUCGCAAUGAACUAAUGCAUUCUUGUGAGAUGAGAGUGACCCCACAGUGGAUUGUACAAUAUGAAAGGAAAUUGGAGGAACUAAUUCAAGAACUGAAACAUGUGCCAGAGGUGACAUCUGCUGGUCAGGAAAUGAGGGAGCUGUUGUCAGUAGACUGGGUUGUUCAUAUUCCUGGCCAGGACUAUGUUGAUGGAGAUGAAAGCCAGUUUGUAGACCCAGAAGUUAUCUCUACAGUGGAAGCAGAGAUCUUGCAAGAGAGUUUACGGGAACUGUACUUAAAGGCUCAAGAAGACAGUUCUGCCAAUGCACAGCAACUUCAAGAACUUCAAAAGCUGAGAGGCUUUAUAGAAGCAAACAAGGACUUGAAAGAACAGUUUCAUAAUCAGCUGUUGCAAGUUGACAACCUUUACUUACCUGCAGAUUUGCUAACUAACCAAGAAUCCAAGAGGUACAAACAAGAAGAAGAGCAUGACAAAGAGGAAGGAUAUGUCCCCCAAAAAAAGAAAAAGACGCUGGUUUAGUUACUGUAUAUAGGUAAUAUAGAUAAGCAAAUGUUACUGCUUAAUAGUGCUUAACAAAUAAAGACUUGAUAACUAAAUA